AUGGCGCCCAUCAUGUACGAGCUCAUAAGCAUAGCAGACGACACAGGGCCGCAACCGUAUCAAAAUGACAUGCAGCAACAUCGUCAUGGCGUUCUCCGUUUUGAACCUGAACCAUACAGCAAGAAGUUGUUACCGAAUAGCUCUGGCAAGAUACACUGUAAAGUUGCCGGUGGAGCCUCGCCAACAGUUACGUGGUAUUUAAAUGACUUGGACCCUCUACCGGAAGGCGUGACGUCAUCGAACGGGACUCUGAUGAUAUCAGAAGCAAAGAAGAGUCACUCCGGUAACUACACAUGUAAAGCUUCAGACGGCGAUCAGAAUAUCACUGCGACAAUUACAUUGGACGUUGUCGUGGCACCAAAGGUGGUCGAGCCGAUAGCCGGUCAACAGGUACACGUGUCUGUAGGUCAGAAUGUGUCUCUCAACUGUGUGGCUACUGGAGACCCAGCUCCCACUACACAUUGGGACAGGAAUCGCACUGUCUUACUUCAAUUACAAGAGGGCGUCGACAUCGAAGGCGGUGCUAACGCUUCCAAUUCAAGGCUACUUCUCCUUAACAACGGGACAUUACUAAUACGUAAUACUAAAGAAGAGGACUCGGAUAGAUAUGCUUGCACUGCUGGUAGCAUCGCUGGUUUUGAUAGGAAAGAACUGGAGCUGAUAGUACACCCUGAGUCGACGGGCGUAGCCGGGAAGGCGGUCCUAGUAUCUAUAUCGGUCGCAGGCGCUUAUAUGAUACUAGUGCUAGCUCUUAUGCUGUACUGUCGACGACGACGUUUGCAACGGAGGCAGAGAGGAGAAAAGAUGGAACUAGAAAUGGCAGAAGGCAGAGAGAAGUUAGUAGAAGAGGGAGAAGAUAAACAGAAGGUGACGGUUAACGGUGCGCCUGCGCAGAACGGUAGACUAUUGCCGCAUGAUAAGGAUAGCGGUGCUGAUAAUUCCGAGGUAUCGGGAAUAUCGCGGGCCUCCAAGAAAUCAGGUCAAUACGACCAACUCACAGUACCUAGGACUCUGAUAACCGAACAGAUUACUUUGGGUCGAGGCGAAUUCGGAGACGUAAUGUUAGGUAAAAUAGACAUAAGUCAAGUUCGGAAGCUACGGAACAAGGACGAGGACGGCGAACCUCAACUUAAACCUGUGCUUGUUAAAGUUCUCACCACGAAGGAUGAGGUACAGUUAGCGGAAUUCCGACGUCAGUUAGACUUGUUCAGUAGAAUUCGUCACGAGCACCUCGCACGUCUUAUCGGCCUGUGUAACGAAGCGGAACCACACUAUAUGUUGCUUGAACAUACUGACUGGGGCGACCUCAAAAGCUUCCUGAUCGCGACCCGCACGCCGGAAGAGAAUGCUGAGUACAUCGCGCGCGUGGGCGCGGCGCACGGCCCGCCGCCGCGGGACACGCGCGCCGUCCCGCUGGCGCCCGCGCACCGCCUCGCGCUCGCCGGACACCUCGCCGCCGCCGCCGCGCGCCUGGCGCACAAGCGGCUCACGCACAGGGACAUAGCGGCCCGUAACUGUGUGAUAACGUCGAAGCUUCAACUGAAGCUUUCGUUCCCGGCGCUCACUCGCGGACCUAAUUCUCACGAGUAUUACAAACUACACGAUCAGGUAAUACCGCUCCGCUGGCUACCUUUCGAAGCUGUGAUGGAGGGCGAGUACUCCACCAAGUCGGAUGUUUACAUGUUCGCUGCUACUAUAUGGGAGAUAUAUACUAAAGCGGAAAUGCCAUUCGCAAAACUAAACGACAACUCCGUGCUCGAAAGACUGAAAAGCAACACGCUUGAGUGGAGUAUACCAGAGUCGAUGCCCGAGCGACUUGCUGCUUUACUUAAACGUGCGUGGAGCAGAUCGCCGACCGAUCGUCCUCAAUUCACUGAUAUAUCAGAAGAAAUUAAUACAAUCAUACAGGAAAUGACUUCAGAAAACGCCUCCCAACACUCACAAGACAAAAUCGAGCAAGACCUCUAAACAUAAAGUACGUAAACAUACAAAAAAAAAAUGUUGAAAAUGUCUAAAUUUACACAUCCAUUUUGAAU